AUGCCCUACCUCGCACCAAACCCCGAGCACAUAGUCCCUGUCUCUCCUGCGGGCUCCUCUAAGGCGGCCGCCACAGUGAUGAUGCCCCCGCCGAUUGACUUCGAGGAGGAAGAGGAGCCACCGCGGAUCCCUACGGUCGUUUUGGACGUCGACGAGAUCGCGGAUGAGAUGGCGGCGAGGAUGGCGAUCAGCUUGCUUGGGCAUGUGCUGUUUCUGAAAGGACAGAUCCCAUUUCCUGUUCAGCAGCUUGCGCGACUCAAGGGGAAGUCUAAUCCCCGUGCUACGAAACUGCGACUGGCGUUCAUGGAGUCGUUCGAUCUGCUCAGUUCGCACUUCGAUUCUUCGUUCUCUGCGCUCUCCACCGCGUUCGCCAGACAUGGCAUGAAGACCCCCAGCCCACUCUCUGAGCUCCGCAAACCGAAGAGCCCUAGGCGGGGCUAUCUCGCGCUUCUCGUUGGACCCAGCGUGGGUACGGCGAAGGCGAAGGUGAUUCUCGGUCUCGACGGCUUGGAGAGCAAGGUGUGGGGGCUGCGUGAUGAUGAAGCGGAGGAAGAGGAGUCGGAGGAGAGUGGGGAAGAGGAUGAGCUGGAGGAGAGUGAUGACGACGAGGACGACGUGGAGGAGCCUGAAGAGUCUGAGAGCGAAGAUGAAGAGUCUGCAGAGGGAGAUGAGGAAGCUACCAGCGAAGUCGAAGAUCGCCUAAGCGCGGAGAACGAGCCGCCAGCGCCUGCCCCCAAGCCACCCUCCCCGCCACCAUCGUACGCGUUCUCCCAGACGCAGCAAGCUCUGCAAAAGGCGGACCGUCUCCUCUCUCGCGCGCUCGCUGGAUCGGACGCUCUUGCGAACGAACUUUCCCCCACCCAGACACACAUCAUGAUGCGUGCCCCUCGUCGCUUCUCGCACCCCUCCUGGAUCCCGAUGCAGAACGCCACCCAGGCGCUCGAGAAUACCCUCCAGGAGUUCCUCAUCGAGUCGGGUGUGAUCCCCGAGCCAACUGAUGUCAAGAAGAAGCCCAAUAAGAAGGCCUCAAAGGUCGAAGGCGUAUGGGUCUCCGCGCGCUGUGGGCUUACGGCGAACUACACCGAGCCUGAGGGCGGCACGGAGGAGGAUGAUAUGAUUUGGUACGCCUGGGACGGCAAGUUGGUGGGGUUUGCGGAUUGGUAG